UUUUCGUCGCUGCCGCGUGCUUGUCUCUGUGCUUGUGUGGAUUUGAAAUAGCGCCGCGUCGCCGUCCGUCGUCCGUCCCUCUGAUAAAUAAAUACGAAACCCAGUGCCAAAAAACACCAAUCGAAAAUGCAUUAAAACACACACGCAUUAAAAGUAAACAUAAACUUAAGCACUUUAAUUUGGAGUUAAAAGUUAAUUGCUUGUGAGUUCCCAUAUAAACUACGAAAGAAGUUCGCGUUAAAGAAUAGCAAAACAAACGAUGCACUUGGACCAAAAUGCCACUACUCAACAAUGUACUUGGAAAUAAAAGCAAUCAGCAAGAACCGAAGCCGCAGCUGCUUCAUUAUCCCGCUCGGAAGCUGGAGACCCUGCCCAUAAUAACCGAGCAGGAGGCCGAUGAUUAUGGACAAAACUUCGAGAAUGGAGUCCAGCUGAAUAGCACCUCUUGCUUGGAUGUGGAUGCCACCUCACUCGCUUCGAGCAAGUCGAGCAGCUCCCUGUGGUCCACCACCUCGGAGGAUUCCCUCAGCAGCGUCUCCCUGAUCACCAGCCAACCCUCCAAUGCCAGCAAGCAUUUCGAGAAUACCUACAAGCUGCUGGGUCAGCACCUGGACAGCAAUAGCCAGCGAGUGGCGGACAAGUUGCAGCAGCUAAGUGGAUCUGGCAGCGAUGUGGACAGCAUCUCCAGCACCUGCUCCUCCAUGUCGGCAAUUGUCAACGGGAUCGAGCCACCGCCCACGCGUCUGGAGCUGGAACUAGAGGCAGUGGAUCGUAUGCGGUGCAUAGUCAAGCAGAUGAAGUCCAGGCCAAAGUCAACGGAUCCACCGCUGGGAGUUUCAGCACCUUUGCUGGCCCUGCUCCACGACUUCGCCUCGAAGGGGGAGCGAAAGGCGACAGGUUGCAGCAGCACUCCAUGCACUCCUGUUCCCAGUCCAAUCACUGGUCCUGUGGAGGCUCCGGUCUUUGAGUUGCCAGCGGAGCUGCUGCAGGCGGCCAGCUCCUGGGAGCUCAUGUACUACGCCUCCAAGAAUGUCGAUGGCAAGAACUGCCUAAAAGUAGUGCGAAGUCUGCUGACUAAUAAAGUUCUAUGUGGAAACCGCGUUAGCCAGAUGACUCGCGCAUACGAUGACAUUGAGGCCGUGACGCGACUGCUGGAGGAGAAGGAGAAGGAUCUGGAGCUGACUGUCCAGAUCGGUAAGGAGUUGCUCACCCAGAACAAUGCCCUCGAGGCGAGAGUCACGGACCUGGAGGCCGAUCUCAAAUCGUCCAACGACGAUCGUGCCCAGCUGGUCCAUGAGCUGCACAAGAAGAACGAGCUCAUUUCGGUGCUGACAAAUGAUGCGGACGAUGGCACGGAUACUGAUACACCCACAAUGUCCAAAUCGAUUACCUUGGAUCUGCUGCAGCGCAAGGUGAACACGUUGCUCGACGAGAACAAAUCGCUGAAGAGCGAGGCUACCCAGCUGGCCCACAAAACGGACGAGGUGGAGGAGCAUGAGCGCCAGCUAAUGGCGGACAUCGGCGCUCAGCUGAACGAUGCCAAUUCCCAGUAUGACACUAUCAGCUUGGAGCUGGAGCGGCAGCGCGAGGAGAAUCGAUUGCAGCACGAGCAGAUCGUUAGUUUGACCGCUCGCCUGGCUGAGGCGGAGAUGCGGCUGCAUCAGCUGACUCAGGACAAUGACGAGCACCUUUCGCUUCUGCACGUGACCAAGGAGAACCAGAACGCCCUGGCCCUGGAGCUGGUGGAGUUCAAGCAGCGGUACGAGGAAGUGCUCGCCCUGCUGCACUCGGCUCAGGACCAACUGAAGCAGCAGCGCAAGCGGUCGCAACCGCAAGCACGCAGCUCCUUCCUUGGAGGCCUGGGCACGAGUGGAACUGGCGUUGGUGGCGGCCUCUUCCAGCCGGAUUCGCUGCAGUCUGAGCUGAUGGAGUCAUCGCUGUACUCGGAGAACAGCCUUGAUUCUGGCAUCUCCGGGGAUAGCCAGCGAUCGGCCGACCGUAUCAGUCGCAUGAUGAUGCAGAUGCCUUCCGGCGGCAUGAGCUCCUCCACCAUGGGUGGCAGCAUCUACGCUGGAGCUGGCAAUGUGCCGCCAUAUAAGCGGGUGUUUGACACUGUACGAUGUGCUGGUAAGAGUGGCAACUACAUGGACAGUGGCAACGUGUCGAUGACCCAGUUGGGUGCCAUGUCGAUGAGCAGCACUUCGGGGCCGCGUAUGGCAUCUAUGGCGUAUCCAGCGGGCUCAUACUACCGCGGCGCUAGCAGUCAAUCGCUGGGCGUUAAAACUCUGUCAAGUGAGAGUCUCAACUCCCAGUCUGAUGACGGCUAUCCAGCCCAGCCCUCUGGUGUGCCAGGAGCGCCCGGCGCCAAAGAGUUGGAAGCAGCACUUAAGCGUCUGACGCCGGCCGAGGUCUUGGCCCGCCGAGCGAUGCUCUCAUAUGCUCCGGCUGGCACCUACAACUACGAUGAGCCGACGGCACACGGAACGGGUCACGAGCGCAACUCGAACCUCCCGCUAGGCGUUCGCACGCCGGACAGCAUCAUGUCCACGGGCUCGUCUGGAAUGUCGGGAUCAACGAAUCACAUGUCCGCCUCUAUGACGCACCAGUGGCGCCUGCCCGAAAAGCUGCAGAUUAUCAAGCCGAUGGAAGGAUCACAGACCCUGCACCAUUGGUCGCGCUUGGCCACGCCCACGCUCAGUGGCCUGCUCGACGAACGUCCCGGAGUAACGAUCCGAGGCGGUCGAGGAUUGGAUGACCUGGGCAUGCAAGUCUACACGCUAUCGGACGUCGAGGAGGAUGUCAGUGAUGAUUUGCCCGGCAAGCAGUUUGAGGCACCUGGCUGCACCUUCACCUACACCACAAGCAUGGUUAUGCAUCCGGAUGAUGGCUUCGUAAAUGACCUCUCGUUCCUCUCGCAGUCGCAGAUGUCUUCGCGCAUGGCCUCCACAUCGACGUCAAGACAGCCAAGUUGUCCUGCAACGCCUCGCGCUGGACUCUCGCGCAAGAACUCCUGCUCCACAUUCUCGGUAAACCUCGGUCUGGCUGGAAUGCUGAACGAGCGAGGAAUCAAGGCUGUGACACCCAGUGCCCUCAACACCCCCGCCGGUCCCAACUUUUCGCCCACAGUGACGCCCUGCAACAGCCCCGAGGGUUCACCACCCAGGUGCCAGUCGCCCGAGCCUCUCUUCGGCCUGCUUUCUUCGGGAGCGGAUCUUAUCCGCCGCAAGAUUGUCGGUGACCAGCACCAGCAGAAGCAGCGGAGCACUCUGAGCAAGCAGCAGCAGCAGAAGAUUAUGCUGUCGCACCUUGAGAGGCGGGCUCUGCGUUCGCUGAACCUAAUCGAGAAGGUGGAAAGCAUCGGACUGGAGAACAUCAUCCAUGCACAGCGUGGCGUGGGCUCGGGAAUAGCCAACCGCAGCAGUUCGCCGCUAAGCAGUGGAAGUUUGCAGAGUCUUCAUACCAGCACCAACAGCAUUGUGGACGACAUACACUUUGAUCGGGCGCAAAUUAAGGGCGUCCUGCAUCGAGGCCUAAAAUCACCAACACCUGCAGCACCGUCAACAUCAGCGGCAGCAGCGGCAUCGGCAGGAAGCGGUGCAAAAUCGACGAUCAGCAGUAGCAGCACCAGUGCUUACAACAGUGACGAUAGCGACGAUCAAGGCCUGGUGAUGAAAAUCAAGCCGACGAAGAGUUCAACGCCGACAACAUCAAUAGCACAAAGUCUGUCAUCGUCUUUAGAGAAGGCAUCGACGACCAAUGGCGGCGGAACAGCAACCGAGACGCGACUAAAGCAGAUGCAGCGCCAGAAGUCGCGAAGGCAGCUGAAGAACGGCAUGGCCAGCCAGAGGCCCGACCUGGGAACAAUCGCUGGCGGUGGAGCAGGCGGCGGACGAGUGCGGCCUGAUCUGGGCAAGGUAUCGGACAGCACCAGCAGCGGCAACACCACCAAGUUAGGCUCCAGGAGUGGGGCGAAGGCAGCGGAGGAGGAGGAGGCGGCGCCGCAGACUAUCACACAGGCGUUUGUGGGCUCGGUUAGUUCCUUGCUGUUCGGCCGAAAGGGCGGUUGGCUGUAAAAAUAUGAGCUGAGGUCAUUCACAACCUUAUUCUUUAUUCUAAACGUAAAAUGAAUGCUUUUUGCAAGUGAAAAAUUUCAAUUUUUAUUUAAGCACAACGCGAAUCGAGUUUAAGUAACGAAAUGUAAUGUUAUCGUGUGUACGUUUAAUUUUUAUUUUUAUAUAUUUUUUUGCCGCCCGGCCGUAAAGCUCCGCAAAACGCCUGUCAUCGCCACCUUAACGCAACACUGGAAGGAAAGGCUUUAGUGUUUGUAGCUGUGAUUUGUAAAUACAUAUAGAGAAAUGUUUAAAUUUAGUAGUUAUUAAUCGAUUACUUCGCAUACUAUUAUUAUUUUUGCUUCAAUUGAAGGCGGCAAUUUAGGGAGAACCAAAACGAUGGCCAGUUCGGAGUUCCAAAGCAGCUAUUUUUAGUUUACACAACACUUUGCCAACUUUGUAUUUAUUUAUCCUGUGUUUAUUACCACUUAAACGAAGACAAAACCAUGUAUACAUACAUAUAUUUUUAUGAUUUUUUUGGGGAUAACUAUUUGUGUAUAGAGUCGAAGCAGGUGCGCCAGUUUGUAUAUAGGAAUCAGGAAAAGCGAAGCGAGAGAAAUCUGUAACUUGAAUGUGGUUAAGCAAAGAAGUACAUAUAUAUUUUUUUACACUCGUAUGUAGUUUACCUUUUUUGCUUUCCACACGAUGGAGAUGUGCUCCCAGCCCAGCCCUACCCAAAUAU